AAAAUAUAGCUGAAGAUUGAUGCCAUUGCUGUACAUUAUGGACCGAGAAGGACCAAGAGUCCCCAACCCCAAAACAGUAAGAUAAAAAUAUGUUACAGAUCUAGGACACGAGUAUGAAAACCAUUUGUCUCGUAAUGUGUGUGUGUGUGUGUGUGUGUGUGUGGAGCUACACCUGAUUGACGGGUACGUCACCACUCCUCUUUUCUUUACUGACAAGACGCAAAGGCUGCUGUCAGCACUUCCUUCAACAACUACUACAGCGAAGGGGUUGAAGACGAUAAACAGAGAAAAUAUAUAAACAAGCUACGAGGAGGUGGGUGGAUGACAGAUCACCAUGGCUCCCUUCUUAAGGAUUGCCUUCAACGCCUUUGACCUGGGUGCCCUGCCCCCACCACCUGAACAGCCCUUCUGUGCCAUAAAGAUGAAAGAGUCCCUGAACACAGAGCGAGGGAAGACCCUAGUGCAGAAGAAACCCACCAUGUACCCACCUUGGAGGUCCACAUUUGACGCCCACAUCCAUGAGGGGCGUGUCCUUCAGGUGCUGCUGAUGAAGACGGCUGAGGAGUCACUGUCAGAGGUCACUGUGGGUGUGUCUGUGCUUGUGGAGCGCUGCAAAAAGGACAAUGGCCAUGCUGAGUUCUGGGUGGACAUGCAGCCCACAGGGAAGGUGAUGAUGGCAGUUCAGUUCUUCAUGGAGGAUUCUGAUGCUGGGUCUAUAAAGCAGCCAGGGAUGGAGGGGGCUGUGGACAUAGCAACACUGAACCGGCGACGAGGUGCCAUCAAGCAGGCCAAGAUCCACUACAUCAAGAAGCACGAGUUCAUCAUAACCUUCUUCAAGCAGUUUACCUUCUGCUCUGUGUGCCGGGAGUUUGUCUGGGGACUCAAUAAACAAGGCUACAAGUGUAGACAAUGCAAUGCUGCCAUACACAAGAAGUGCAUUGACAAAAUAAUAGGAAGAUGCACAGGAACAGCAACCGACAGUCGGGACACCAUGUUCCAGAAGGAGCGCUUCAAGAUCGAUAUGCCCCACCGCUUCAAGAUUAACAACUACAUGAGCCCCACCUUCUGCGACCACUGUGGCAGCCUGCUGUGGGGCCUGGUCAAGCAAGGCCUCAAGUGUGAAGAGUGCGCAAUGAACGUCCAUCAGAAGUGCCAGUCCAAAGUGGCCAACAUGUGUGGGAUUAACCAGAAGCUCCUUGCUGAGGCACUUAAUCAAGUUGGCAAGAAAUCCAGCCAGAAGCCUGACCCCGACCCAUUUUCCUCUGGGAUCUAUCAGGACUUCAGCAUGAGUCAAGAGGGUGACGGCCCUGCAGAUAGCCCUCCAUAUGGGAAGCUGUGGGAGGGUAUCAGCCCUAGCAUCAGUCCUGGGCCUGCCCCCACACCUACCCCGAGCCACACCCUGCAGAAGACCCACUUGGGGAUAGAGAACUUUGUGUUCCACAAGGUGCUUGGAAAGGGGAGCUUCGGGAAGGUUCUACUGGCAGAAUUGAAAGGGCAUGGUCAGUUCUUUGCAGUAAAGGCUUUGAAAAAGGAUGUGGUACUGAUGGAUGAUGAUGUGGAGUGUACCAUGGUGGAGAAGAGAGUGCUGUCACUGGCCUGGGAAUACCCCUUCCUAACAAACCUAUACUCUACGUUCCAGACAAAGGAACACCUGUUCUUUGUUAUGGAAUACCUGAAUGGAGGGGACCUGAUGUUCCACAUACAGAACAAGGAGCGCUUUGACGUGCCAAGAUCCACGUUCUACGCUGCUGAAAUAAUCUGUGGGCUCCAGUUUCUGCACUCCAAAGGAAUAGUCUACAGGGACCUGAAACUGGACAAUGUGAUGCUGGACAGUGAGGGACACAUUAAGAUUGCUGAUUUUGGGAUGUGCAAGGAAAAUAUUGGCCAGAAUUUUGCAACAACAUUCUGUGGAACUCCUGACUACAUUGCGCCAGAGAUCCUCCUGGGCAAACCAUACACCUUUUCAGUGGACUGGUGGUCAUUUGGGGUUCUGGUUUUCGAGAUGCUGGUUGGCCAGUCGCCCUUCCAUGGAGAUGAUGAAGAUGAGCUUUUUCGGUCCAUUCGCACGGACACCCCACGCUACCCCAUCUGGCUCACCAGGGAGUCCAAGGACCUGCUAGAGAAGCUGUUCGUGAGGGAACCGAACCAGAGGCUUGGUGUUGUCGGAAACAUCCGCAUACACCCCUUCUUCAAGAGCAUCAACUGGCCAGCCCUUGAAAGAAGGGAGAUAAAACCCCCCUUCAAGCCUAAAGUGAAAUCUCCCAAUGACUGCAGCAACUUUGACCGGGAGUUCCUGAGUGAGAAGCCCCGCCUCUCUUACAACGAUAAGCUCUUCAUUGAUUCAAUGGACCCGAAAGCCUUCGCUGGCUUCUCCUUCAUCAAUCCCACCAUGGACCAGAUCCUGCAGAAUACGAAAUAAUUGGCAGACUGCAUUAAAGGCUGUGCCUUAAUCAACAGUUGGACACACCUCUAUUCUAACACUCAGCAGAAUAAGUGUCCCAGAGAAGGGGGGAGGGAGAGUAAUUCCAGAGUUGUAUACUGUACCCUACUGUAUAUUCACUAUUUGUGAGGGUCCAUUUGUCAUGGUAUUUUUUAUUACACUCAAAUAUAAACAAAUGAAAGGUAGUGAGAUGAUUGACACACUCUAUUUUAUUUUGUGAUUCUUAUGGACUGUAUAUAAAUUCAGACAGUCACCCCCCUCCAAAAAAAAAAACGAGCCUACUGUAAAAAAAAAAAAAAAAAGUACUGUAGAAGUGUAUUUUAUUUAAUAAAUUCUGGGGUGAAAGGUGGGUCUGAGCAGUCAUAGAUCAUGGGGUGGGGUGAGAGGAGUAGCUAGGGGUGAGCAGUGGAGUGUGGAAGACCAAAGUCUUGUUUGUGUGUGCCUGUGCCUACACAGUAUGUGUCUAUUCCUCUGUGCGCAUGUGUGUGUGUAUGUGUGUGUGUGUGUGGGGGGGGGGGGGGGAUUGAAUAAGCUUUAAACAUAUAUGUUGACAUGUAUGUUAACAAGAGCAAGCAGGAAGCGACAGCAGGACAAGAAUGUGCCACAAAUGUCCAGUAGCACCGAUGUCAUUAUACUAUCAUUAACAUUCCUGAUCGCAGCCUAAUCUUGCCAGAAAUCUAUGACCGUUUUUUUGUCGAGAACCAAGCCUCUGCUCCAAGCACUGUUCAGUCCCAACCAGACAUUGGUGAAAGCAUUUUAAAAAUUGUUUCAGUUCAAUAUGAUAUUACAUCUACAAAAAAGUAAGGCCAUUUGCACCAGAUACCUGCACAACCUACAUACCUGCAACAGGCAGGCUGCAGGCACUCGACUGACUAUAAGAUUUAUUUUUGUGGAAUGGGGUAGAGAAAGCCCUGUUGUCUGAAAUCCCCCCUUCCUAGGCAAUACUGUUGUGACGAAUGUAGCAAACUCUUAGUAACAGCUGGCACCGGCAGGGUCAUGGUUCAAUUACAGCCUGUUAGGCACUUCCUGAACUGAGAAUCGGUGCUUUAGCUGGAUACGCCACCACAGAGCUCUCCAGAAAUGGUGAUUGAUUGAUGCUUGGCAGUUUUGUAUUUGUAUGCGCAUGCAAGGCUGUGUUGGCCUGCUCUCUCAGUCACUGUGACUACUGGCUGCAUAACAUAGAGGAUGGCUGUCCAAAAAUGCAACCUUAUCCAAGCCAUUCUGUCUGGAGAAGUGACCAUCAAGUCCAGUGGUUCCCAAAUAAUGUGAGACGGCGUAAUGUAUGCCAUGUGCUGUACGAUUAUUCCCUUUCCAUGGAAGUUCACACUAAUAAACCGAAACACUGCGCUGGUCAGUUUAUAGAUACUGAUAUUACUGAGAAAUGUUUACAGUUAUUAUAAUGUAUGCUAGGCUGCAUUUUAAUAAGGAGGGGAUCUCAGUAGAUCUCACUUAUCAGCAAGGCAUUGCAGUUAGAUGGUUUGGGAGCCCUGGUCAAGCCGGUGUGUUCAAAAUAGGCUAAGAAAGUUGCUGUUUUUAAAAUUGUGGCUUAGUUUUGAAUUAUGCAGUGCAGUCUAGGUAUUCCCAUAUUGGCUACAUCUAACCACACAGUGUUUUGUUUACGGGACAGCUAUUGGGACAGAGUUCCAGAGAUCUCUACAUCCUCUACAAACCACUUAGUCCCUGUCCAUUUUCCACUGUGGUCUGAAGACGCACCUGAAUUAACUCUAUCACUACUCUACAGGGUACUCUCAAUCUAGGAUCGCUCUUAUCACAUGUAUAGGCUAUCCUUCUAUCUUUAUCUUCUAGCAUUUUCAUGUUACACUUGUAUCUUCAUUCAGCACUUAUAUUGCACUUGUAUCAUUAUCUUGAUGUUGUAGCUCUGUCAUACCUUGUUGUCAUGCCUCAUUCUAGUUUGACUUGUCAUGACUUUCUGACCUAGCCCAGGCUUACUGUGUGAACUGGGCUUGAUGUUCAUGGCUAUGGAUAAUUGUUAUAUAAUGAGUACUGUACCUCAUCGGACCUGUAUUUUGUAGUUGUCCAAUGACCUUCGGUAUGCAAUUAUUUUAUGUCACUUUGGAUAAAAGUGACUGCCAAAUAUAAUGCAAUGUAACAUCAGCCAAUGGGUAGGUAUAUUUUGGACAGUAGUAGCUGAAAAUGAAUGAGGGUAUAUGUGAGUAAUGAAACUUGAAUGUAAUUACUUUAAAAUGAAAAAUAAGGCGCUAUGUAUGUAAUCACAUAUUGUAUAUUACUACAACAAAAAUUGGUGAGAUAUGGGUAUGCUCUUUUUACUGUCAUCAUGUUUUGCAUCUCUUAAUAUUAAUAAAGGCACAAUUUACUUCAAA